GACAAAAUUAUUGUCUGUAAGCUAUACGCUAUAAGGUAAAAAUGAGGUAUCUUUUGUGUAUCUUGCUAAAUCUAUGGAUGGCAACUGUGACUUUUGGAAUUAAAGUGAAUUAUAUACAUGAAUGGAAAUAUGUUGACUUUAUAUGGGAAAGUAACGAGCAGAAGGAAGACGCGAUAAAUUCUGGCCUUUACAAUCGUUCUGCGUGUCCGUUAUUCGAUGCAGACAAAGCUGAAGAUGGUAGAAUAUUCGUUACUGCUACGAGAGAACUGGGUCCUGGUUCGCCUGCAAGUUUGGCGACAGUAACUGAUGAGAUAGGACCAGGAGGACCACUUUUACAACCAUAUCCAGAUUGGAGUUGGCAUAAUAGUAAUUGUACGUGUGAUGGUAUUGUAAACGUAGCUCGAGUACACAUUCGAUGCAAUCACAUCUUCGCCCUGGAUACCGGCAAAAUUGGACUUGACCAGAUUUGUAAUCCAAAACUAUUGAUCUUUAAUUUAAAAGAUGAUACGCUGGUAAAAACUAUUUAUAUUCCAUUUGAUAUUGCGAGUAAUGCAACAGGUUUUGGAUUAUUAUUAGCGCCCUUCGUUUAUGUUCCCAAAAAUUGCACGCAGUUUCUGCAUAAAAUGAUUAUAUUCAUGGCCGAUCUACAUGGUCGAGGUUUAGUGGUGUAUGAUUCAUCUGUAAAGAGUAUGUGCAGAGUCGAAUCAGAUUACAUGAUACCGAUUGACAAUGUUGCCUCCAUAGCAAAUCAAAGUUUUCCUUUUAUUGGCGGUCCCUUCAAUGUAGUGACUCUUUACGAUGAACUUUAUUAUGUUGUCACGUCGGGAAUGAAAAUUUAUAAAAUAAAAAUCGAAUCGCUACUAAAAUGUCCAAAUAAAAAAGUGGCUAAUAAACUGACUAAAGUUGCGAUUAAAAUACCAAGCGAUUCAGGACCAAUCGGAUCAGCAGGACAUUCAAUAUUUUACAGUGAUUCUGAUGGAUGUGCUAUUUUAGGAACGAACGUUUUUAAAAAAUCUGGUAAAAACACGGUGAUACUUGCACAAGACAAUGAAAAACUUCAAGCUGUUAGUGCUUUAAAAGCUUCAUAUUAUUGGAAUAAGCUCACAUGCCUUUCAGAUAAAUUUUAUCGUUUCGUUCUUGGUACUAUAAACCUAAAUGAAAUAAAUAUCCGCUAUUUCGAAAUGGAUUUAGCGGAAAUACAGAAGAAGAUGAAUUCCAUUCCUUCACACACGGAGUUAGGUUUCAAAUUUUAACAGACAUUUUUACACAAUUUUUUAUAAAAGAAUUAUGCAUGGAGGAGAAGGUGAUAUUAUGGC